AUGCGCUCAACGCCAAUCAGUCGAAAAGAUACUGUCUACGAUCGCAACUUUGACUAUCACCUGAAUGGACCACAGCAGAAGAGCCGUUUGAAUUAUGAGGCUGAUCUGUGGUGUGACUCAUCGUUAACACAACGUCUCUUU